CUCAUGAGGUGGAUAAAGUGGGAUGUAGGUGUUUUGGGGGUUCUGAAGAGGGACGGGUGCCUGGCAGAGGACAAGCUGCAGGGGAAUGGGGUAAAUUAUCACCUGGCGUCUGUUUUUCUGGAUGAGCUGAAGGGUGUUGGUUUGUUGAGGAAAGAGGUGGUUGAUGUGGUUUUUGGACCAUUUUUUACAAUUGUGAAGAGCAGCUUUAGCUACACCGUGCUUGCACGAGCUGAGCGCGCAGUCAAAGCGCAGUGUAAGGACCAGAUCUUUCUACUGGAGGUGAAGAGUUGUCUGUAUGAUGACCUUAUCAUAAUUGGGGGGGAGGAGGGGUGUAACGGAGUUUUGACCAAGAAGAAAAUAAAGAUGAAGAGAAAUUAUGCACAAUUACAUCUGGAGGUCGGUCAACCUAAUUUUCUAUGGGGCACGUGUAACACAUGUGGUUUUAAGUAUGCUCCAAGGGGAUGGUCUAGUAAGAGGAUUAUAGAUUCACAUGGAAAGGGAUGCAUUAUUAUGGUGCAAGAAGGUGAUCCUCCCUCCCAACAAAAUAAGGUUCGUGAGGUUAUGCAGAUGAUGGAAAUGGAGCUCGGGGAAGGGUGGAUAAUGGAAUAA